AUGCGAUUACUGUUGUUGAUCAGUAUUGCUACCUUGAGUACAGCAGAAGAUCUCGUUGCUAUGGGAUGUGGCCGAGACCCGUCAUUACCUUUCUGCAAAGUUCAUGCGGCUAAGACCAAAGAUGGAGGCAGCUCUGAAAUCACCGAAAAAGACAAGAUUGCCUGCGCAGAACUCCGCCAUGAAUACGUAAAGGUGUGUGCAUUGAGUGGCCAACAUAAGAUUGACGAGAAAGAAGACGAAUUCUGUCAAGCUUUUGAGAAUAUCUGUUUCCGCUUGCCAAAGGAUGAACCCGAUCAGUCUACUGUACCGACAGCUUUGAUGAGAGAGCUGAAACCCAUCAAUGACGUUUCGGAAGAGAAAGAGGAAAAAACGACAACCACGAGAGAACCGGAGAAGAAAAAGAAGAAACGAAUCGAUUUCACAAAAUUCUGCAAGGAGUUCAAGAAUCGAUAUCUAUUUGUAUGCCCUGAUCCAUUCCGAUUUGGUCAGAAGGUGAGUAUUACACGAAUGAAACCGAGUUACCAAAAUCUAAAACGUCAGUGGAGGACAUAG